CAUGACGUCAUUCUGCAGGCCAGCUCCGGAGACUCCAGGGUUCGGGGGUCCAGAAUGCUGACAAAGCAGCUCUGCCCGCCGCCCCCGCCCGCGCCCGGGCGCCCCGGCCGGCUCCCGGGGCGUCUUUAGCGCCCUCUGGGUCCCGACCCCUCCUCCCCGGCCCUCCCCCGCCCACCUCGUUACCGCUGCGGCCCCGCCCCGCCCUCCGCGGCGCUCCCUGGGGCGCGGGUUGUCGCCGGAGCGCGGCUGAGAGCCUGGGGGCUGCCCGGGGACCGUGGCACCUGACGCGCGCGCAGGCCGGGCUCUUCCGUUAUUUACGCGCGGCGCCUGGCGAGCCCUCCUCUCCGGGGGUGAAGGUGCUCAGCCCCGCCGGGAGAGGCGCCCCGGGACGCUCUGGGUCCCGGGGUCACUCGGGAGAGCGCCGCCCCCGCCGCGAGCAGGGCGCCGGUCCCCGGCAGCACCCUGGGCGCCGAGCCGGGGAGGCCGGGACGCUGGGCGGGGGCUGCACCAAGUUUGGCUGAGAACAGCAAGAUGAGCCCUUUCUUUUCCAAAGCGAGGCCGAGCGCGCCGUGGCGUGCAGAGGACCGCGCGACAAAUCGCCGCGCGCGUUGCGAAGUUUGCGCGUUUAAAGCGGUGAACGCCCAAGUCUUGGAACGGAGAGUCAGUCUCCGUCUCUGGCAGCUGAGACAGGACCCCUGUGCGUGACUUGUUCGAGGGCUCCAAGUGAAAAGAACCUUCUGGGAGGGGGCGGGGACGUAGAUGUGCAGCAAAAACUCACACACACACACACACACACACACACAAUUACCAAGAGGAAUUAGGAGGGACGGAGAGAACGCGCUCUGAUGUGGAGUCUGUGCAAACCAGCAGAAGCCGAGGUUGUCUUCUGCAUCUGGGGCACCCUCCUGGUGACCCCGCGUUUCGUUAGCAGCCUUGAUUCGCUUCUGAGCGAAAGCGGUGCUGGGGGGGGUAGGCGUGGGUGCGACUCCGGGCCGCGUUCUCACUCCUGUUCGUGGCGCCGUUUGUGACUGAUGCUGGGACAGAGACGCAAUCGUAUGCCCCCCGCACAAUACACGCGCGUCGAAAAUGUUCAAUUUCUUGUUUGUGAUGCAUAGAGCUAGAGGGAAAAACGGCCCGGGUCACAGGCACUGGAGGGUGUGAUUAAUGAUCAGUGAUUUAGUGAUCAGUGAUUAGUGGUUUUAUUCAAACUGUUACCUCUGACCAGAAGCACACAUCAGAGGAUUAACAGGCUCUUUAGAUGAAUGCUCAUUAGUGGAAGGGGAAAAGCAAAGAUAAUAGGCAUGCACCCAGGGACAACUUUCGAAGAAAAUCAUUCCCUUCCUCAGAAUAAUAAGCUCUAUUAACAGAAAGCCCUUUUAAUUUAAAACUUGCUUUUAUCUUGUAAAUCAAAGUUAGAUGUAAAAGUUUGUAGUGCCAUUAUAACCUAAACUUUCCCAUAUCCACUCGAUGUGGAUUAUCUCCGUAGCGAUAUUUUUUUUUUUAUUUAAAUAAACAAUUGGACCUUUAGAGCGGCUGACAUGCUCUGAGCUCCCGGGGUGCGAAGGUGUCCCCCCUCCCCCCCGCCCCCCGGCAUGGAGAUUGUUGCUUGCUAACUAGAUGGCGCACUGCUAUUUGGUGUUCUGCGCUGCACAGUGUAGGAGCCUCAACUGAGCGUGUAGCUGCUUGCGAGGUGCUCCGCGCCCACAAAGUUGCUUCUGUGCAAGGUUGGAGGCUAGACAGUUCUACAAGUUUGUAGUCACAUUUUCCAUGUCCGUUAAAUCUAGGGAGUUCGAGGCUACUGGAAAAAUUAGUCUCAUUACUGAGAGUUAGAGAGCGAGGCAGGGAAGGAGGUCCCUCUAAGUGAGUGGUAGGAGUGAUUGUAAAAACCCCAGACCUGCUCUGUCUACAGAGAGCUGGUUUCACAAUCUUCUCCUCUGAAAUACUGAGGCGGGUACUCAGACUGAUUUUCUUCCCGAUCUUGCUGGUGAGAAAGAGAAGUUGCUAGAAAGAAACUUGGAGACUGCAGGAAGCAACACGUGGCUGGUUUUCUUCUGCAGAUAAUGAUUUAUGAGGAAUCCAAGAUGAAUUUGGAGCAGGAGAGGCCAUUUGUCUGCAGUGCCCCGGGCUGCUCCCAGCGCUUCCCCACAGAGGACCAUCUGAUGAUUCAUAGGCACAAGCAUGAAAUGACUUUGAAGUUCCCCUCCAUAAAAACAGACAAUAUGUUAUCAGAUCAGACUCCGACGCCUACGAGAUUCCUGAAGAACUGCGAGGAGGUGGGCCUCUUCACCGAGCUGGACUGCUCGCUGGAGCAUGAGUUCCGCAAGGCCCAGGAGGAGGAGAGCAGCAAGCGGAACAUCUCCAUGCAUAAUACAGUUGGUGGCGCCAUGACAGGGCCCGGAACCCACCAGCUUGGCAGCAGCCGCAUGGCCAGUCACGACACCAGCGUUGUGAUCCAGCAAGCCAUGCCGUCACCGCAGUCCAGCUCGGUCAUCACACAGGCGCCAUCCACCAACCGCCAGAUCGGGCCUGUCCCAGGCUCUCUGUCUUCUUUGCUACACCUCCACAACAGACAGAGACAGCCCAUGCCCGCCUCCAUGCCCGGGACCCUGCCCAACCCUACGAUGCCUGGCUCUUCUGCCGUCUUAAUGCCAAUGGAGAGACAGAUGUCAGUGAACUCCGGCAUCCUGGGCAUGCAAGGGCCCAACCUGAGCGAGCCCUGUGCUUCCCCCCAGGUCCAGCCAAUGCACUCGGAAGCCAAAAUGAGGUUGAAGGCCGCACUGACUCACCACCCGGCUGCCAUGGCGAACGGGAACAUGAACACCAUGGGCCACGUGAUGGAAAUGAUGGGUUCCCGGCAGGACCAGGCGCCGCACCAUCACAUGCACUCCCACCCACACCAGCACCAGACGCUGCCUCCCCACCACCCCUACCCACACCAGCACCAGCACCCAGCGCACCAUCCUCACCCGCAGCCCCACCACCAGCAAAACCACCCCCAUCAUCACUCCCACUCCCACCUCCACGCACAUCCAGCACAUCACCAGACCUCGCCACACCCGCCCCUGCACACCGGCAACCAAGCACAGGUCUCACCAGCAACGCAACAGAUGCAGCCCACCCAGACGAUACAGCCCCAGCCCACAGGGGGGCGCCGGCGAAGGGUGGUGGACGAGGAUCCUGAUGAGAGGCGGCGGAAGUUUCUGGAACGGAACCGGGCGGCCGCCACCCGCUGCAGACAGAAGAGGAAGGUCUGGGUGAUGUCACUGGAAAAGAAAGCAGAAGAACUCACCCAGACAAACAUGCAGCUUCAGAAUGAGGUGUCCAUGUUGAAAAACGAGGUGGCCCAACUGAAACAGCUGUUGUUAACACACAAAGAUUGUCCUAUAACAGCCAUGCAAAAAGAAUCCCAAGGCUAUCUAAGUCCAGAGAGUAGCCCUCCUCCAAGCCCUGUCCCAGCCUGCUCCCAACAGCAAGUCAUCCAGCAUAACACCAUCACCACGUCCUCGUCGGUCAGUGAGGUCGUGGGAAGCUCCACCCUCAGUCAGCUCACCUCUCACAGAACAGACCUGAAUCCCAUCCUUUAAACUAAUGGGCCACGCCUUGCUUCUAAGAAGACCUGUACCAUACCACGCGUCCUUUCUCUUAAGGGCAUUUUUAGAAUUAACUCCAACCUGGAAGACUCCUCAGCCCUUCAAAGACUGGCUUUCAUUUUUAUAGUUACUAUGGAAAUGUUGUCUUUUAUAUUUAGUUAUAUAAGAAAAAAAGGGAGUUAUGCAAUUAAUAUCUAUCAGCUUGGGAAAUGCUUUGGUGCUUUUCUCCAAUUUUCUGGUACCAGUUAUUUGUUUAUAAACUGAACCUUUUCUGUAUAUAGUCAUGGUUUCAUUUUUAUCAGCCGAAGCCUUUGCCUGAAACAAGGAAUCUUGUGAAACCACAGCUUUUAGCCAAAAUGAGGCAUAGCUAGGUGUCAAGUAGGACAGAUCUAAGGUACCUGGGUAGGAAUCUGGUGACAUCCUAACUCAUGUUGAGUUUGUGCUCUCUCACCAGAAUCCCAGAUACACACACAGCCUUCCCCUCUUUGACUAGAAACAAUGUUAAGAUCCAUCAGUGUCCAAACGAAAUCAGGAAGCAUCUCAGCCCCGCUCUCCCUCCUCUUGGUCCACUUGCUCAAAUACCCAGUUUUCGUCUCCAUUUCCAGUUGGCCUCAGGCUCCCUGUUUGCUAUUCAUUUUGACUUUCCUCCUGUUUUAUUGUUUUUCCCUUUAGCAUUGCAUGCAACGAAAAUAAUGUUUAAAGAAAGAAAAAGAAGCAAACCUCAAAAAUGUGGACCUAGCUUUUCUUCACUUGCCUGUAACCCACAGCUGGAGUUCAUUCAACUCUUGCUUUUCAAAAAAUAGUAACUGGGAGAUGUUUAAUGUGCCUGAUUUAAUGUUUUUAAUAAUCAGAGCAAAUAAAAGGUGGUUGAGUUACAGUGAAGCACUGUUAAAUGCCAGCUGUGGAGACACUUGGGAGGGAAUUCUAUAAGCCUUGACUGUGAAAGUCCAAAUUGAGAUGCAAGGCUAUAACAUCACACCCUGGAAUUACAACUGGUUUUAUGUGGCCUGUCUAUAUUGUUGAAAAUCCACGCGCUAUAUAAUAAUUCAGAAGGGCUCUAUUCACUACACAGAUUACACUAUUCAAUCAUCAGCUGCUAAUAGCCUAAGAUUUAUUAUUAUUAUUUUUCUUAAGCCUAUGGAACUGGCUUUGCCAUUCAGGUGGGUGUAAGCAAGCUGCAGAAACACAAAGAAAAUCCUGCGUUUUCACUGGGUGCUAUUAGCCUUCCGCGACAGUACAAGGGCCCUGUGGCUGCUGAAGGGAAGCCCCGAGUCUGGCACAGGCUGCUCCACUCUUCAACAAUUCUGAGUUCUAUUUCCAGUAACUUCCACAGACAUAAUCCAUUAGCAAAAACAGAUAGACCCCCAAACCACGGCCAUGCCUCCUUCACACAAGCCAUUGUGCUGUGCUCAUGUUGUAAUGUCACAUCUCAAACGACAGGGGCCAAGGUUCCUCCCUAAAGUCUAGGCAGGUGCUGGUUUUCAUCUCCAUUGAAUGCUUGAUGUGUGUGUGUGUGUGUGUGUGUUUUACAAGAACAGUAUUUUACAAAAGUAUAGCUUUUAUAAGGGUUCAGAAAAGGGAAGGAUGUGCUUGUUUCCCUUACUACAGUGUAAGAAUCUAUUUUGGAGGGAAAUAACAAGAAGAUAUGAAGGCCAUGAAGUGUAAUUUUUAUACCUAGUUUCAGUUUUAUCAAAUAACUUACUCUUUAAAUCAAUGUCUAUCAACAGUCUUUCUGUGUGUCAAGUGUGUUCAAAAGACAGUUUUGAGUGUUCAGUGAAACUUAAGACUUAGAUAUAUGGUCAAAAUGCAAAAAAAAAAAAGAAUGCAAAUGAAAGAAUUUUCUAUCGUAUUUUAGACAAACAUAUCAUUUUCGGGUAUUCUAAAUACUGAAUUCAUAGUUGUUUCUUUUUUAUUCCAGCAGUAAUAGUUGAAAGGUUUAACCUGACUGGCUUCCUAAGAAAUAUUUAAUUUUUGCUUUAAAAAAGUUAACGUUCAUAGCUCUGUCUCAGAUAUUUAAAAAAAAAAAUCCUUCAUGGGAUCAUCCACACAUCCCCCCUCCUCUUGCCCCUCCACUGCCAGAAACAACAAAGCAUUGAAAUGUAUGUUUGUUGGGUUUUUUAAAUUUUUUAUGUUUUGUUUUGAGUAAACAGAAACUUUUCUUUAUUGCAUGCAAAGCACUUAAAGAAAUGGAUUUUCUUCUUUAAAUAUCCACUGGUAACAUUACCAUGUCCCGCGGGUGACCUGUCCCUAAAAUUGCGUUUUAGUUACUUCUCUUCUACAUCUUGAGUAAAAUUACUUAGUUGUUAAACUGAAAGCCUGGGCAGCGAAGAACUUGCCUGAGUUUUCUUAAUUCAGCAACUUGACAGUUUGACUGAUGUGCAUUAUGUAGAGCUCAAUUAUGUCUGUUUUUUAUGCUAAGUAGGCAAACCAAGCACACAAGUUAGCAAACCGACCUCAACCUAGAAUUAGAAUAAACUGCCUGCUUGUAAGCCUCUGGGCCUUGAGGUGUGUUCAUUCGCAGAAUGGAAAUGCAGUAUAGCAAGAACGCAGCCCGUUGUCAGUAUUUCUUGCACUCCCCAACAGGGAGGCUCACUGUCAAGCUCAGUACCAGGGUUAGCAAUGUUGAGGAUUUCGCCUAAAGGUCCCGUCUUCACCCGAUCACAGAACAAUCAGUCUGCCUAAAACUUCCCCCUUCUGGCCCAACACCGUUAGCCAGUAGGAGAGAACAUCUUUCUUCCCCGUUCUCCUCUUGCAACCAGUCACUGGUCAUCCGUGUACGUUUUCUGAGUCAGUGGCAAUGGCCUUGAGGGCGCCCAGCCCAUAGAGGAUGUCACUGUGCCACUGCCUCGCCUCCUCCCUGUGUGGUUUCCUUUAUCACCAGGCUCUGCCUGUGGAGUCCCUGCCCCCUGUGCGGGCGCUCAGCACUUCGGUACACUGGAGACCACUCCUACCAGGGGACCCCUUGCCCACACAGAGGCAUCCGCAUCUUUGUUUCUCCUCGACACAUUUCUCAAUGAUGCCAGGACAGGUAUGGUGAAAAGCCCAGCUGUGGAUGAAUGUACUGAUUUUAAUGCCAGUCGGAUGUUUGCCCUUUACAGACCCAUGGAUCUCUCUCCUACUUUCACAGCAGUGCACGGAAGUCACCAUCUUGACACAGCCCCUGGGGCCACGCGGCUGUCACAGCACGUGCUACAGCGAAUAGGGUGACUCUUGGCACUUGUCUCGUCAUUGACAUAAAAUGCAGUGUGUGGGUCUGAGAGGGGUGCCGAUGGUGAAGCUUCUGGUGCCUGUUAGUUAAGCCAAUGUUAGUGUGUUAGUUGAGUUUGUCAUUGAAAUCAUAAACCAGCCAUGGUGAAAGACCAGUCCUUGGCUGGGGGGAUUUCCGCAUCAGUAACUGCUAUAAAAUUAGUCAUCCCGUUAGGAUAGAAUGUGCUUCUUUCUGGUUAAUAAAAACCAUCUAAGAAAAUAUAUAUGUAUGUAUGUGUGUAUACAGUGGAAUUCAAGGACCAAAGCAAAAUUUGAACAGGAAUCUAUUAAUUUAGAAUUUUAUAAGAUAUUUAUUAAUAAAUGUUAUUUUUAAACAUUCCAUUUGAACAGUAUUCUUCUGUAGGAUCUGCUUGUUUUUAAAGUUAUUAGCUCAUAACAAACUACUCUGGUUGUGUGUAUUUUCAUUUUUCAGGGUUUCGAGUGGCUCAUCAUUUGGUAGAAUGUGUGCUUAGGUCUCUGUGCAUAGACAUCAAGGAUUUUUAUUUUUUUAAAUUUACGUUCUGAAUAGGUUUUCUUUUUUUACAAUUAUUUCUUGUUUUUCAUUUUUAAAGUAAGCUUUUUCAUGUAAGAAGCAGAGUUCAGCUAAAGGGAAUCUAACUGGAACUAGAAGAGCUUUCUUGCAGAAGCAUACAAACAACUUCCACUCUGCUUCUCUCCACCCCACACGAUUUCCUGGAAUGCCUUGCACUACAUUCAGCGUCCUUAGUGCUUUUUGUCCUUUCCCAAAUAAUAUGCAGUAGCUUUAAGCCAUUCAAGCUCCAUUAUGCAGCUUAUCUGAGAAAGGAAAGAAAACAACGCAUUUAAAUUUGAAUAAAACAGUGCCUAUGCGAACUGUAGCAAUUUAGAAUCUUUCUGCUUUGAAAAUAAUUUAUAUUUUAAAAUUGCACUUUAGCUUUUCUGCUCCCUUUCCAUUGCUCUUCUCUUUCUAACCUCUUCCUUGUCCUCCAACUUGCCUUUGCACUCCCUGCCCCACUCCCCUGCCUUUCCUCUAAGGCUCUGAGCUGCACCCUGUAAGAUACUUCCAGGCUCUCUGCACCAAGUACAACUGAGUGCGCUCGUUAGCAGCAUAGCUAAGACUUCUUUCUCCCAUCAGCCUAGAGGAAGCCCACUCCGAGAAUGCCAAGAAGAGCCAGUACACUGUGUGGCUUAUACUCCUGAUCCUUUUAUUCAUAGCAAGUUUGUGGGUUUUUUUUAAUGUUAUAUUAUGCAACCGAUGUGAGGCAGCAGCUAAGCCACACCUAAGAGUUUUUUAUCUCAUCCUCUGAACCAAAGUGUCCUGAAUAAGCCAGGAGACUUAACUCUUGUGCACCUCAGUGCACAUCUGACCGCUGUCCUAGCCAUGGUUGGAGGCUGCUGAACUAACAGUGGCCCUAUCAAUUUCAUUCCUAAGUCUCAAGAAUACAAUGUUGCCUUGUAAUAUAGGACAGCACCUCUGUUUUACAAUUGUAACCUAAGGAAGGAGAAAAAGACACAGAAGCAAUAAACUUACAAGUAAAACCUAUACCAAAACAAACACACAAAGAAGUGGAAAAAACAAAACGCCUAGCUCAUCACGUUGUGGAAAUGUAGAAAUGUGUGUUCAUUCAGAAUAUCAUACUAUUUCUCGUGGAACGUUUCAGUGAUGUAAUGCUUGUAGCCAAAUUAUUUAAAGAGUGUUUAUAUAUUUUUUCCUUAUAAAUUGUCUAUUUUUAAAAGAAAAUAAACAAACCUAUUUAACCACAAGCUGAAGAGGUGAGUAAGGCCAAAUUGCCAGCAUUUGUUAAAAGAUUAAUACUCUUAAGUGGCACUCUGAUACCUUUCCAAGUUUAUCAUCAGAAAGAAAUCGAUAAUUACCAACUGUUACAUUUAGACUAAUUUACAAUAUGUAGCUCAUUAGAAGCCAGCAUCUAGAAAGCUCUUCUUAAGUCAUUUUUAAAAAUUUCUUUUAACUUUGAGCUUCAUAUUAUAUAAUUUUAUGCUUUUUAAAAAUGAUACCAUCAAUUAGCCUCAGGACUGAGAAUGUGGAACCUGAAUAGAUUGGUUGUAAAUGCAUCAUUAAAGUUUUAUGCACAAUAAGCUCCUUCGAGUCUCAUUUGCUCCUUGCAAACACCAAUGCCAGACACUACAGGAAGUAGUGAAAGGUAUCAGCAGUGCCGCGGGAGGGGGCUGGAGGGAAAAGAGCCUUUCCAACCAUCCAGCCAUCGUCCAAGACCUACUCACCCUCUUCCCUUCUGCUAACUCACACCUGCAGCAGCAGAGUGCCGCUUCGACUUUGUCUCGGAGCAAAGACAGGCUUGAAGCAUGCUCCCUGGCACAGGGUUUGGUAUCGUUUGAAAAGGCCCAGAGAAAUGGUUCGGUUCAAAAAACAGUGUUCUAGGACAAUUGCAUGAGGACUAUUGUCCAAAAACCUAACAACACGGAAAAUGUUUAGCACUGUGAAAAGUGAGUGUUAACUAAGGAAGUCCCAAAAAAGGUGCUGUCACUUUAAGUUCUGGACUUGGGGGUGUUUGUAAUGAACAGCAAAGCAACUGUGUGUGUUUGUCUAUUUGUAAAGCAACCACCUUCCUUAUUGGAAGGAAAAAAAAAUUUGGGGGUACAUACGUGUAAAUACUUGCUACAGCAUUUAAUAUGUUAAUUUUAUGUUAAGCUUUUUGUUGCAUCGUGAACACAUUUAUUGUUACCAAUGGACAAUGAAUUCAUUAAGACUGUUUGACUAGGUCAGAUUUUUACAUCUCUUUCUAGCAAGAAGAGACAAGAUUUUGUGCAUUUGUACAAAUGUUAAUAUCACUGCAAUUCCAAUAUAAUAAAGCACUCAAAUGCAAAUAA